GACCGAAGAAGAGAAAAAAAAAAAAAAUGUAAGAACAAGACUGGUGGAGGAGGUGUUAGGUGAGAAGAUUAUAAAAGCUUAUUAGCUUCCAUUAAGGCAUUAAACCUCUUCUUCUUCUGUCUUUGUUCUCUGUAAAUACAACAAGAAGAAGAAGGAAGAAGAAGAUAAUGGGGAUCUAUUCGGAGGUGAUGGAAGAGAUAACGUGGUACACAGGGCUUUCACCGGCGGCUUUCUUCACCAUCGCCGCAAUGAUGGUGGUCGUCUACAAGACUGUGACCUCCAUGUUCGUUUCUCCAGAAGAUUUCAACAAACCUCCAGUGGCCAUGUCCUUGAACGGCGACGUUUCCAGCUCCCAAUUUCUCAACAACUAUCUGGGUCCCAAAACCAACAACACAAAUCAGCCGCCGCUCCAAUUGGGAGAUUUGACGGACGAGCAACUCAGAGCCUACGAUGGUUCCGAUCCCGAUAAGCCACUCCUCAUCUCCAUCAAGGGUCAAAUCUACGAUGUUUCAUCCGGAAGGAAUUUCUAUGGGCGUGGAGGUCCGUACGCCAUGUUUGCAGGAAGGGAAGCGAGCAGAGCUUUAGCUCUUCUGUCCUUUAAACCUGAUGACAUUAAUGGGAAUCUUGAAGAUCUGGGUCCUGAAGAGCUUCAGAUUUUGGAAGACUGGGAGUUCAAAUUCAUUGAGAAAUAUCCCAAAGUUGGUCGGCUUCUGAAUCUCCAUGGGAAUGAGAAUGUUACUACUACUACUACUACUAGUAAUGGUACAGAUUAAUAGUAAUUUACAAAGAAUGUUGUAGAUACUAGAAUUUUCAUCUUUUGGAUGAUAAAUGUUGUGGGAUAUGAAGUACUAGUAGUGGUACGUUGCGUUGGGUUGGAUUGGUUUGGUUAUGGUUUAUGUUAACAGAGAAUUAAGGAAGAAACUGGAGGGGAGAUUUUGAUGGCUUAUCUAUUGUAUUUCAUUUUCAUUUCAAAGGAAAAUAUAUUAACCCCUCCUUUGGUAUCA